UUUUUAUGAUUACUAGGGUGACCCCAAGUUUAGCAAUGGCAGUUUUUCCACCCUGGUCGCGGGCGAUGGCGCGAGCAUAAGGGGACGGAGGGUGGGAGAGAGCGAGGAGGAAGAGGAGCAGAACGAAGCUCUUUCUUUCUCUCUCUCUCUCUCUGCAUCUCAUCAACGGACCAUGACGCGGAAUGCUUUCGUGUUCGGAGCGAGCGAGCGAGUGAGAAAGUGAAGUGAUCAGUGCAGGAGUGGAGCGCGACGAAGUAGUAGUACAACCCCCCCUUUCAUUAGUCUAUUCCUGGAGGGACUGCCCUUCGUUCGUUCGUUCGUUCUUUCUCACUUGCUUUCUUCCUUCUUCCUUCCUUCGUUGCCUCCUGUCUUGGCCCCUGCCACCCCUCAACCUCACCUCAUCGCCAGGGUUGGCACCCCUGCGCGGUCCAACCUUUCUUCGCGCCAUUUUGGCCAUUUCGAUCUGGUUCUGUGUGCAUUGCAAGGCUUGGUCAAGAGGGAUGUGGCGGUGGUGGUGGUGUUUCUUGUAACUGAACAUUGAGCCAAUCGCUGGAUUGAUGUUGUUGCGGCGUUGGUUGAAGGAAGAGCGAAAAAAAGAGAGAGAGAGAGAGAGAGAGAGAGGCAUUCGAGGUCGUGCUUAGCUUGUUCUGUUUUUUUGCGGGAGCGGGGAGGGAUUUCGAGGAGCUGCGACGCGGAUUCGGCGGAGGUCCACGGUUUCUUCAGGUUCAUCACCUUUGGGUAGAAGCUUCCCUAGGGUUUGUCGCUCUGGAGCACUGUGGAUCAGUUACAGCGUUUUCCCGGUGGCUGGUAGGGCGCACAGGUUUCGGGUUGGGGUCGGAGACUUCAGUUGCCAGCAGUAGGUUGAGGAAGCUGCUGAAUGUUGGUAUGUUUGUGCUAUUGAGAGGGAACAGGAAAGAAGGCUCUAUUUAGGGUAGCUGCAGAAUUGCGUGGUCACGUUGGUCACAUGUGCUGUAACGAAAUGGGAGAGUGCGUGGUGCGCUCUGACCACGAAAUUUGGAUUGGUUGGAUUCAUUGCUGAGGUUUGUCGAGUGUCAUUCGACAUCGUUGUGAACAUGUGGAUGUCGCUGAUCACGAGCGCAUAUUUGGAGAGCGGGGAUAAUAUCUGCGGAAGUUGGAGGUGCAGUAUGGAAUGUCGAUUUUUUUUGAAGGAAUAGGACUCGAGAUAAGAGACGUCCUGCAAUUGAUCUAUGUGGGUUAUUGUGGCGGUUAAGGGUGCAACGAGUUCCUAAUGUAGCGGCUGGAAUAGCUACAAUAACAGCCUGGAAUACAAAAGAGAUUGUGAUUUUAGGUCUGGCUCGUUGAGCAAUUGUCGAAGGAAUCAGGAAGCCGUUUAGACAUGGUUUUCAAGCUGAAGCGCGUGAUCCAGCGUGGAAGCAAGGGGAAGAACGAUGAAAAAAUGGAUGCAUCUGGUUCUGCUGGUGUAACUCCACAUGCGUCGUCGUCGGCCCCCCCGGGGACCGUAGGGCAGGGAGCGGGCGUGAAAGUUAAAAACCAUAGUGUGCGAACCGGAGCAGCAGUGGGUGCCCCUGCUACUAGAGCCGCAGGAGGGUCCGUUCCAGUGGCGCAACCGGCGGGUCGAUUUGUAACAGCGGGGGGUAAGUUACCGAAUGGGGCGCUGGAAGCUCUGCCAUCAUUCAGAGAUGUGCCGACCUCGGAUAGGCAAAGCCUGUUCGUCCGGAAGCUGGCGUUGUGCUGCUACACGUUCGAUUUUACGGAUCCGUCGAUGAACGUGCAUGAGAAGGAAACCAAGCGGCAAACCCUGCUGGAGCUGGUGGACUACGUGACCUCAGGGUCGGGGAAGUUCACGGAGGCAGUGUUCGAAGAUAUCACCAAGAUGCUGGCAGCGAAUCUGUUCCGGACGUUGCCGCCGUCGUCGCAUGAGAACACAGGAUCAGACAACUUCGAUCCGGAGGAGGAGGAGCCAACGAUGGAGCCGGCGUGGCCGCACCUGCAGAUUGUUUACGAGUUCCUGCUGCGGUACGUAGUGUCGAGUGAGACGGAUGCGAAGCUGGCGAAGCGGUACAUCGACCACUCGUUCGUCCUUCGGCUGCUGGAUCUAUUUGACAGCGAGGAUCCGCGGGAGAGAGAGUAUCUGAAAACGAUACUGCACCGGAUAUAUGGAAAGUUCAUGGUGCAUAGGCCAUUCAUCCGGAAGGCGAUAAACAACAUUUUUUACAGGUUUAUAUUCGAGACGGUGAAGCACAACGGGGUGGCGGAGCUUCUGGAGAUAUUGGGGAGCAUCAUCAACGGGUUUGCGCUGCCCUUGAAGGAGGAGCACAAGUUCUUCUUAGCUCGGGCGCUGAUACCACUGCAUAAGCCGAAGUGCGUGUCGAUGUACCACCAGCAGCUGUCGUACUGCAUAAUCCAGUUCGUGGAAAAGGACUUCAAGCUGGCGGACGUGGUGAUACGGGGGCUGCUGCGAUACUGGCCAGUGACGAACAGCCAGAAAGAAGUGCUGUUUUUAGGGGAGUUGGAAGAAGUGUUGGAGGCGACACAGAGCGCGGAGUUCCAACGGUGCAUGGUGCCAUUGUUUCGACAGAUUGGUCGUUGUUUGAAUAGUUCGCACUUUCAGGUUGCGGAGCGGGCGCUUUUCUUGUGGAACAAUGAUCACAUUGUGAGUCUUGUGGCUCAGAAUCGCCAGGUCGUGCUACCUAUCAUUUUUUCAGCUUUAGAGAGAAAUACGCGAAGUCAUUGGAAUCAGGCUGUUCACGGGCUUACGCUCAAUGUAAGAAAAAUGUUCAUGGAGAUGGACCAGGAUCUUUUCCAUGAAUGUCAACGCAAGUACAGGGAAGAUGAAGCGAAGGCGAAGGAGGUGGAAGAAAUGAGGGAGAUCACAUGGAAACGCCUGGAGGCUGCUGGGAACAAACGGAUCAGCGUGACUAAUCACAACAUUGUUGAAUCAUCUGAUUUUGUGCCGAGUUCAGCCACAGUCCCUAACAAUGUAGCAGGGAUUGGAACCGCAGUACCAGUCCAGAGAGCAGCCUCAGUUCUUGACAAAUAGCCUGGCCGUUAAAGGGCGUUGGCUUAACGAGUAGGAUUCUCAUGAGCACGAGUUGGUUGUCUCGAGCCAUGCAUUGCCUUCCUGACACUCCUCUUGAAGGGUGAGUUCCGUCUUUCGAGCCUCGAUGAGGAUGUACCUUGAAUGAAGUUGAAAACGACUACAACUGCUUCUGUUGCAGCAGAUCGCAGAUCAUGCUCAUCCAUUGGCAUUGUCGAACUGAGCAAGGAACGAGAGACUAGGAUUGGGAUUUGAUAAGCCUGAGAGCAUUAAGGCUGAAACAGAAGUCGCGAUUGUUAGGACACUUGCAGAUUCCAUGUGCGGUAAUAUUCAAGAUGUAUCUUUCCUUCAAAGAUUUUGUCCUUUUCUUCUGCUCUUCUACUAGGGAGGCAGACCAGGGAAAUUGUAACAGGUACGAUUGUAAUUUCAUUAGGUGUUUUGUUUGACCAGGGCUCUCUUUUCUUUUUUUUUUCUUUUUUUUCUCUUUUUUUUUUUUGUUUAGUGCAAAGAGAUAGUUUACGACCAGAUCCAUGAAAAGCUCUUUGGUAAUGUGCUUUUUGUGUUCAACUUGGAAGCCGGUUCAUUACUGGAUCAGAAGUUGAAGUUUGGCAAGAACUAGAGGUAUCUCUUUGAUGUAGAGGGUGAGCUUUGAGAAGGAUUUCCUCCGAGUUGUGAUCGAAUUCCAACAGCCGAUGGAAAGGAACUCUGGUACUUCUGCUGUAAAGCGGAUCAUUGUUGAAAACUAUGAAUCAAUAGAAGUGAAUAAUAUUGUUUUGUAAA